AUGAUAACCACAUUACAAGCCUAUGACCGUUCCGUAAUCCCAGAGGAGGGGCCCCCUCGACAAGGCCCUCCAGAGGACACACGCACCUAUGAGCACAGGCGUCUGGCGGGAGAGAACUUUCACCUGACUCAAGCGGUGGACCAAGUACCCUUCAAGUCCCCUGUCAAGUACCCUGUCAAGUACCCUGUCAAGUACCCUUACCCUGCCAAGUACCCUGUCAAGUACCCUGUCAAGUACCUCGUCAAGUCCCCUGUCAAGUCCCCUGCCAAGUACCCUGUCAAGUACCCUGUCAAGUACCCUGUUAAGUACCUCGUCAAGUCCCCUGCCAAGGUCCCCUGUCAAGUCCCCUUCCCCUGUCAAUUCCCUGCCAAGUCCCCUGUCAAGUCCCCUGCCAAGUCCCCUGUCAAGUCCCCUGUCAAGUCCCCUGUCAAGUCCCCUACCCCUACCUCACUCCCUCCCAACACCUUGCCAGGACACUAUGCCGAGAUUCUCUUCGGUUCGUCUCCUGUUUUGCAUAUUGUUUGA